CAAUACGGCGGCGGGUUCGGAGCUAAACGGCCAUGGGCCGUGUCCCUGUCAUUGCUUUACCCGCCGAACCGGACCCGAUGUUGGAACCGGUACUGGUGGCCAUGUGAGCCAUGGCGGUGGGCGGCGCGGCGGGGCUGGCGGCGCUGCUGGGCAGCGCUUCCCCGCAUCUCCUCAUCGUCUCCGCCGCCGAGGAGCCGGCAGGAAGUGGACACACUGAUACCGACCUCCUGCUUUUUGCCACACCGCAGCCCGCCCGCCCUGGAGACGUGCCCAGACGGCCUGCGCUGGGGCGACCACCGGUGAAGAGGAAGCUGAACUUGGAGACGGAUCACCAGUACAUAGCAGAGAGCCUGCCGGUGGGCCGGGGCAAGGCCAGGAACCCCGCUAAAGGGGCAAAAUCUCCUGGGGAGAAGUCCCGCUAUGAAACCUCUCUGAACCUCACCACCAAGCGCUUCCUGGAGCUGCUGAGCCAGUCACCCGAUGGUGUGGUGGAUCUCAACUGGGCAGCCGAGGUCCUGAAGGUGCAGAAGAGACGCAUCUACGACAUCACCAAUGUCCUGGAGGGCAUCCAGCUCAUAACCAAGAAGUCCAAGAACAACAUUCAGUGGCUGGGCAGCCAGGCCACCGUGGGGGCUCCAGGCCGGCACCGGCUGCUGGAGAAGGAGCUGCGGGAGCUGCAGGCAGCCGAGCGGCAGCUGGACGAGCUCAUCCAGACCUGCACCCUGCAGCUGCGCCUGCUCACCGAGGACCCCGCCAACCAGCACGCAGCCUAUGUCACCUGCCAGGAUCUCCGCAGCGUUGUGGACCCUUCAGAGCAAAUGGUGAUGGUCAUCAAAGCUCCCCCAGAGACCCAGCUGCAGGUCUCAGACCCAGCAGAGGCUUUCCAGUUCUCGGUGAGAAGCACUCAGGGCCCCAUCGAUGUCUUCCUCUGCCCCGAGGACAGCUCAGGGGUCUGCAGCCCUGUCAAGAGCCCCUUCAAAGCCCCCACAGAGAACUCACCCCCCGGCCUUUCACAGCCCAGAGCCUCCCCACUCGUGCAUCCCACCCAGGAUGUGAACAUGUCACUGCUGCCUGGAGAGCAAGAGACACUGCCCAGCAAGUGCCCAGCAGAGGAGGUGAACCUCUCACCACUGGCCUCCAUGGAUGCCCUUCUGGACCAGAGCAGGGAUGAUUUUUCAGGUUUCUUGGCAGAUGAGUUCAUCAAUUUGUUACCGCCGCAGACACAGGACUAUCACUUUGGCCUGGAGGAGGGUGAAGGCAUCAGUGAGCUCUUUGACUGUGACUUUGGGGAUUUCACACCCUUGGACUUCUGAGGCUCUGCCCAGGUGCUUGUGGAGGGCAUUGCCAGGCAGGGGGGGCCACCCCUGGACCCCUGCCCUUUGCAGGCAGAGUGGGCAGGGCAGGCAGCCUCUCGAGUACAGUGUCCACAGCUCCUCUCCUCUCGCAAUAUUUUUUUCUUAUCCCUCCAGCUCCCCCAGCCUGGUGGGAGACAGUGGUGGCCCCGGCUCCAGCCCUGCAAGCAAGAAGGAUGCCAGGGUGGGGUGUCCCAUCUUGGGGACCCUCUGCAGGGCUCUGAUCACGGAAGGGGCAGGGGGGAGGCAAAAGGGGGCUGCCCAGGGCAGAGCUGCUGCCCCCUCUCUCCCCAGGCUCCCAUUGCAGAGCUUUAAGCAGUCCUGUGUAUAGAUUUGAUUAAUUUAUUUUUGUCCCCUGGGGACAGUGUUUAA